CAGGGAUGGGGAGGCGGCCGUGCUGCGACAAGCUCGGGGUGAAGAAGGGGCCAUGGUCGGCGGAGGAGGACGAGAAGCUCGUCGGCUUCAUCCUCGCCAACGGCCAUUGCUGCUGGCGCGCCGUCCCCAAGCUUGCCGGGCUGCUAAGGUGCGGCAAGAGCUGCAGACUACGGUGGACGAACUACCUGCGCCCGGACCUCAGGAGAGGGCUGCUCAGCGACGUGGAGGAGCAGCUGGUCAUCGAUCUCCAUGCUCGCCUCGGGAACAGGUGGUCGAAGAUUGCGGCGAUGCUACCGGGAAGAACGGACAACGAGAUCAAGAACCUCUGGAACACACACAUCAAGAAAAAGCUUCUUAGGAGGGGCAUCGAUCCCGUCACUCAUCAACUGCUCGAUCGGCAAGCAAGCCCCGUAGCUUCACAGUCCACCGUCACCACCGACUCCAAGUCCGAUGCAGACCAGUUCCAGUCGCCAGGAAACCAAGGCCACAUCCCUUCCUGGGACAACAAGAACCCAGCGGAAGCAAGCUCCAGCGCCGGCAGCGCGGACCCUCCUCUGAUGAACUGCUUGUGGGAAGACGACGCGCCAGUGCUCUUGGAGGAGCUGUGGCAGCUUCCGGGCAACGAAGACAACUACGGCGCCAUCGCCGCCGCCGGGCAGGUGCCGUGGGACUACGAAGGGUGCUGCGAGUGGCUGCUGGACUACCAGGAUUUCGAAGAGGGAGAUGUGGGAUCGGAGAAUUUGCCGAGAAGGUAGGCGAAGCAGAAGUGGAGUAGCUUUGUAGUGCACCGUGUAGUGCACUCAAUUGUAGAUCAUCCAUCGACAAUAAGCUCGGUCGUCUUAAUUACUUCUCCUUUUGUGUUAUUCUCUUCCCUCUCUUUGAACCUCAGAGAAAGCAUGUCAUAUGAUGCUUUUUCUGGAACAAUUAUGCUAAGAUAUAUUUGUUCGAACAAAUAAUA